GAGUUUGAUUCUUUUACACAUCCAACUCUUACUACAGAUGCUCGGUGCUGUUGCUCUCGUUGCCUUGCUGGGUGUCUUUCAACCAAUCCUCGUUGCUGCUCAGUCAUCGUCUAAUAAUCAUGUCAAUUCAUCCAUACAUACCCGAUUCGACUACAGACGGUCAUUCAAGCCGCCAUAUUUCCUUCAAGACCAAUCCAUCCCCUACUUUAAAACAACAUCUGAUGUCUCGCAUGGCUCAGACUUUCUGCGUCUAGCAAUGAGUAUCCCCGACAAGCAUGGCUCGAUAUGGUCUUCUCUUUCCAAUCCAUACAAGGAGUGGCAAGUUGUGCUUUCUUUCUUCGUCUAUGGUCGUGGCUCAUCUGGCAGCGAUGGUCUUGUUUUUUGGCUUGUUGAUGCUGCUCCGUCUCCUCCUGCUACACCAGAUCCCAACAACCCUCAGCCUAACCCUCCCGUCACUUCUUUCUACGGCCACAACUCUAACUUUAAGGGAUUCGCUCUUGUAUUCGAUAGCAGUGAUGCUUCAAGACAACGUACCAAUCCCUUCAUUUAUGCCAUUCUCAACGAUGGAACAAAGCAUGCUGCCGAUUUUGCUAAUUACAUGUCACCACAGGUUCAUGUCGGUGCUUGCUUUCGAGAAUUUCGUAAUACUGCCGUGCCUGUACACGCUCGGCUAACUUAUAUGAACAAAACUCUUUCUCUGGAUAUCGACAUUAGAGAAGAGGGCGAAGAAUACACCAACUGUUUCAGUACAGAAAUGCCAUCUAUGCCUGAAAAUGCCUUUUUCGGAGUUUCUGCAUCUACAGAUUCCAACGGUUUUGAUGAUCAUGAUGUAGUUAGUAUGGAAGUCUUUGAAAUUAAUCCUCCACCACGCCAGAAAAUUUUCCGACCAAACGAAGAAGCAGAUAUUGCCAAGGGCAAAAAGUUCAAAAUGAACGAGGAUCUCAAAAAGGAAGUCGAAAAGGCUGAGCAGCGUGUGCGUAAGGUUGCUAAAGCAGAAGCCAGCAAAACUGGAAAAGACGCCUCCACAAAAGCAGCAAUGGAUUUAAUGUCAAUCAAGCGAGUUGCUGAUGAUCAAACACGGAUUAUUGAGAUGUUAAACUCUGUCCAGCAAAAAUUAUCCAGUGUGCCUGCUUCAUCUGGUGAUAAUAAGCAUAUUCCUUCCAACGUUUUGACAGAGGAUCAUCAGUAUCAGUUCGAGUCUCGCAUUUCAGCCAAGUUUGAUGCAAUCAAGGCCGAAGUGGAUAGUAACAGAAACGAAGUUCGUGUUUUAUCAAAAUAUGUGGUUGAACUCAAGGAGUUGGCUCAUCAACUCCUCGAGCGAAUCGAUUCAAAGCUGGGUAAAACCAAGGAAAUGAUUGAGCAAACCAAUGCUAAUCUGGCAUCCUCGUCCAACGAUGCCAUUGAAAAACUAACAAGCCUACAGGGACAGAAUCACUCAAGUGCCCUUUACUAUGCACUAUAUAUUUUUGCAUCACUUGCGGGCAUUGCAUGUAUUCUAUUGGUCUAUUCGUUUAUUCUGAAAACAAAGGAGCGUCAGAUUAAAAAGUUUAUCUGAGGUUUGGUCCGACAAUUUUAUACUGGAAAGGAUGCAGUUUAUGGCUUUAAUAAACAUUUUCUGGUAC